GUGUAUCGUGGGAAUACUUUUUUUCUGCGCAAGAACUUGAUAAAGAUUUUGAAAAUCAACAAAACUUACCACCAUUUGGAGAUAAUUGCGGUGACUGGAAAUUUGAGAGCAGUGUAAAAGGAUUUUCUGUUACAAUUCAACAAGAAUUCAACGAGAACUUUGCUGAAUUAAGAAAAAAUUAUUAUUUUAGAUCAGAAAUGCCUAGACUUGAACUGGGAGAUAAGAACUUAAAGCCAGAUUUCUUGGAAAACAAAUAUGUUAAUAGUUCAAUCAAUCGUGAACUGAAAUUAGAAACAAAUAAAAAAUCGGAUAAAUAA